GGUGCCAGAGCUUCAUAACAUGUCAGUCCAUAUACUUAACAGGAAGAAGGUAGAAGACACAUUAGAGUGCUUUCGCAAAGGAGGACCCAGCAGAGUGCAGGUCAUUUCCGAUUUUGACAUGACUCUAACUAGAUUUGCCUACAAUGGGACACGUGUCCCCACUUGUCACAGUAUUAUUGACAACAGCAGGCUGAUUUCAGAAGAAGGGAAAAAGAAGGGCAUUUUGCAGGGGUUCAAAGGUGAUCUCAUUCACACGUACAACAAGCAUGAAGGAGCUCUGAAGAAUUCUGGCCAUUUUGAGAAACUUGACGAUAAACGUAAUGUCAUCUUGUUGGGUGACUCCUUGGGAGACCUCCAGAUGGCUGAUGGAGUUGAGAACAUGGAAAACAUCCUGAAGAUUGGUUAUCUGAAUGACAAGGUGGACAAGCUUAGGGGCCAGUAUUUGGAGGGUUAUGACAUUGUGUUGGAGAAGGACGAAACGCUGAACGUUGUGAACGCCAUUCUGCAGUACAUCUCGGCUCAGAACUGAAAAAGGCCAGACGUGCGUACCCUUUUAAUCUUCAUCUGCUUCAAGAGGAAGCUCACCAGACCAGCACCUAAAUAUGAAAGCCAGCAUUCUUCCACAGUGGCCUGAAAGCACACGGUUCCACUCCAUGUUUUAAAGUGACUCAGGUCAUGGCUGCUUAUCUGAAGAGAAGCACUUUAAAAACCGCACUCUUUAACCUGCACGUGAAUAUAUAGUGCUAGGGAAAGAUAGUCACGUGCUAGGGAUGGAUGGAUAGAUAGAUAGAUAGAUAGAUAGAUACUUUAUUAAUCCCAAGGGGAAAUUCACAUGGAUUCACAAAUGAAGACACUUCAAGCUAAAUUCUUUUAUUUAUAUUUUAAUAAUGGAAAAAAAAUAUUUUGGAUGGGAUUGUUCUCUAUAUCAGUAUUUGGUAUGAAGUGCAUUAUUGAAAGUACAAAUGUCUUGUCAUGGACAACAACAGAAGAGGAAAUUCGGUAUUGUAUGUGAAAUGUCAGCUUGCGAAAAAUUAGAAAAGCAGUUGAACUUGCCUAAGCCAUACUGUGAGGUCAAGGCUCAUGGAAGCUGCGUAACUGUCUGGCUUCUUACCUGAAGGAAAUGGGUAAGUUUUAAAUUUCUCAAUCACAGAUGUGAGCUCAAGCUUCACUUAACACUCUUUUUGUGCCCCUUUAUAAAAGUGAUCUCUAUGAGAGGAACUUAUCUGAGAUUGGCGAGCUGGUAAUGAAGCUUAUUUACAUCAUUGUCAUUCUUGAGUAAUUGAUUUCAAAUUCUAAUUAUGUUUCUUAAACCCAUUUUUGACAAAUAUGUUUUAAAUGCUGUAGCACGGUAUUCAUUGUCAAAAAUAAACAAACUUCCUGCCUUUAA